AUGGUAGCAGCAAUCACACCAAGACAGCAACUGCUCUGUGCAGAAUCCAGGCCUAGCGCUACUGUACUACUGAUGAACUGCCAGCAAGUAGUAGCAGUGCUACACAUUGGGUCAGAGCAACUCAGGCUUCAGCUCGUACCACUUCCUGGAGCUCGAAACACAGAUCUUAUUGCCGCUAGAUUGGGCACCUGUCUCCGCGCGCCUGCCCACUCCAUCGAAUGGACAUCAUGGAGGAAGAAGGGUUAUGCAAGGAAGAGAUGCUCGGGCCCGAAGCAGGCUAGAGGGCACGGCAACCGGGUCUCUGGAGAUCGCGCGUGGCUGUCAACACUUGGAUACUAUACGGAUGCAAGGGUUUUGAUGCGACUCGACGCUGGUAAAACGACGGCCAACAAGAGUUUGAUGUUGGAUAGAAUGACCAGUCAGGAGCUCUCGUCUGAGCUAGAGAUUGGACAGUCCGGGGUGCUACCGCCGGUGGUUCGCAUGCCAGCGCAUAACAAAGCAACCGCCUCUAUCGCCAACGUGAAGCCAGGGCUGGCAAGCAAUCCUACAUAUACUACUGCUAGUAGUAGUAAUAGAUUAUGGUACAGUAUGCCUCGCUCUUAUGAAUACGACGGCGCCAAAUCGCUGCGAAAGAAACCCCACUACACCUCAGUUCCGUAG